AUGGAAGACUUCACUGGCAUGUUGACACCUUCAGUGUCUUCCUCCUCUUUCCCCUUCUUCCCAGUCACUCCUCCUCUCAGCUCCGUCCCCUCAGAGACAGACCUCACCCUCAAAAUCUCUACCGAUGUCACUCCCGAUGAUAUCCCGGUGGUGGUAGUCGUUGGAGUCGGCUACGUGGGAAGACAUCUCGUCAGCUCAUUCUCUUCAAAGUAUCAAGUCAUCGGCUUUGAUGUUUCCGAGAAGCGCAUUCAAGAUCUUCGACAUGAGUUCAAGGACAACGACAACGUUAGCUUUUCACGAACUCAGAAGGAUCUUAUCGCUGCUACCCACUUUCUCAUUUCAGUGCCUACGCUGUUGCGGCCUGAUAAGACUAUUGAUUCUUCGUAUCUUCGUGAUGCUCUCAAGAUGGUAGGCCAAGUCGCCCGUCGGGGUUCGACUAUUGUUAUUGAGAGCUCUGUUGCUGUUGGUAUGACCCGUGAGUUGGUCGGGCCCAUCGCCAAGAAGCUUGGUCUUUUUGCUGGCAUGUCUCCAGAGGUACGUGACACCCUCACUCAUCAAUCUCCUCUCAUCAACAAGGCGUGUACCAACUCACAACUACAGCGCGUUGACCCAGGUCGCACCGAACCCCCCGUCAAGUCGAUCCCCAAGAUCAUCUCAGGUCUCGACGACAUCCUCCCCGGCUCCCUCGAUGCCAUCAACCGUGUAUACUCCACCAUUUUUGACAACGUCGUCACCGUAUCCAAGCCUGAAGUUGCCGAGAUGAUGAAGCUGUACGAGAACUGCCAACGCAUGGUCUGUAUCGCCUACGCCAACGAAAUGGCUGAUGCCUGUAUCCCGCACGGUAUCGACCCCUACGAGGUCUGUUCCGCGGCGUCUACCAAACCGUUUGGCUACAUGCCUUAUACCCCUGGUGUCGGUGUCGGCGGACACUGUAUUCCCGUCAACCCCCACUAUCUUCUUGCCAACAGUUCAUUUCCUCUACUUGAAGCCUGUUCAUCCGCCAUGAGCAACAGACCCGCCAAGCUUGCCCAGCGUCUCAUCAACUCACUCCCCAUCACCGAGCGUCGCCCACGUGUGCUCGUCGUUGGUCUUGGUUUCAAGCCUGGUCAAUCUCAGCUUGACAACUCACCUGGUGUCGCGCUUAUUCGAAAGUUGGCUGUUUCGGGUGCUCGGAUUGACCUCACUUGGGCUGAUGCGUUGGUCAAACAAGAGGCUGUGCCUCAGGUUCCUCGUCUUGGUGAGCGUGAUUGGAACAAGAGCUUUUUGGAGACAUUUGAUGUCAUUGUGGUGGCUAUGAAGCAGCACAACAUGGACUUUCCGCUGCUCGCAAAGUUGGAGGGUGUUCGUGUGGAGAGCUGGUGCAAGUGA